AGCUCGAGGCGAGGGCUUUACUCUCGCGCUGGCAGUUCGACUCUGGGAAUUAUGAACAGAGCUGGUCAAACCUACACGUUGUUUUGAAUUUAUUGCGAGAGAAUUGAGACCAUGGACAUCGGAACCCGCGUCUUGUUAGCCUUCCUCGUCUGUCAGGUGGCCUGUGCAGGAGCUGAGGAAAAAGAGGAGGGGCCCUGCGUACCUGGCUUCCAGGUGAAGGAGUACCAGGUGGAGUACAGCGGAGGAUUCCAGAAGGGGGUGCCACUCCUGCAAGUGCACUUUGACGACUGUGCGGGAAACGAGGGGGUGACGUUCGAGGUGUCGCACCCUGGUUUGGUGGUGGACGGGGACAGGAAGCUGGUCCCGCGGGGGGACGUGGAGAACGGCACGGUCGUGCUCAUACACGGGCGGAGCGCCCACGCCCACGACACGGCGCGGCUGCACAUCACCAACGCCACUCCCAGAUCUGCUGAGAGCCUCCGGGAGAUUUUGGGACUGGGACAGGCACUCAACAGGACUAAGAGGUCCCUGCUGGUCCCCCCGAUGUAUGUACCUGAAAACCAGAGGGCCCCGUUCCCAAAAUCCAUCGGCAAGGUGAUUACGGUGGAAAAGCAGGAGAACCACAGCUUCCGGCUGACGGGGAAGGGUGUGGACCAGGAGCCCAAGGAUGUGUUCAGCAUCAACAGGAUGACCGGGGAGGUGAUGGUCAGCCGACCACUCGACAGAGAGGCCAUCGCCUUCUACCACCUGCAAGUGUCCACCACAGACCCUUCCGGAAAGACCGUGGAGGGGCCAGUCCAACUGGACGUGUCGGUGAUCGAUCAGAACGAUAACCGUCCCAUCUUCAGCGAGACGCGAUACGCGGGGGAGGUUCUGGAAGGUUCUGCUACAGGAACCACAGUGAUGACGAUGACGGCGUCGGACGCGGACGACCCCAACACGGAAAACGCCGUCUUGCGCUACAUCAUCGUCAAGCAGUCACCUGACAAGCCUUCUCCCAACAUGUUCUACAUCGACCCCGAGAAGGGCGACAUCGUCACGGUGAUCUCACCCAAGCUGCUGGACAGAGAGACCCUGCCGACCACGCAGUACGAGCUGGAGAUCGUGGCGAAGGACAUGGCGGGAAGCGACGUGGGCCUGACCGGCACGGCGACCGCCACCGUCACCAUCACCGACAAGAACGACCAUGCCCCCGAGUUCACCCAUUCGCUGUUCCAGGCGUCGGUGCAGGAGGGCUGGACCGGCGUGGUGCUGAACCUGACGGUGGACGACCGCGACGACCCAGCGACGGGCGCCUGGCGGGCGGCCUACUCCAUCAUCAACGGCAACACGGGCCACAGCUUUGAGGUGCACACCAACCCGGACAACAACGAGGGCAUGCUGUACGUGGUGAAGCCAUUGGACUACGAGAGCACGGCGUUCCACACGCUCCUGAUUAAGGUGGAGAACGAGGACCCCCUGGUGCCGGACGUGGGCUACGGGCCGAGCUCCACAGCGACGGUGCACGUGCAGGUCCUGGACGUCAACGAGGGUCCCGUCUUCUUCCCCGACCCCAUGAUGGUCACCAAGCGCGAGAACGUUCCGCUCGGGAGCUUGGUCGCCACGCUCAACGCCACAGACCCCGACCUUCUGCAGAUACAGUCCGUCAGGUAUGCAGUGCUGAAAGACCCUGCAAACUGGCUCGUUGUUAACCCAGUCAGCGGUACAGUCAACACCACGGCCAUUUUGGACCGCGAAUCACCCUUCGUCCAUGAGAACAGAUACAGCGCAGUCUUCAUGGCUACAGAUAAUGGUAGCCCUCCGGCAACUGGCACUGGGACACUGAUAAUCACGCUGGAAGAUGACAACGACAACGCCCCCAGCGUGUACCCGACUGUAGCGCGGGUGUGUGAGGACGCCAAGGAUCUGAGCGUUGUGAUGGUGGGGGGCCAGGACAAGGACAUUAGCCCCAACGCCGCCCCCUUCAGGAUCGAGCUGGGAAAACAGCCUGGGCUGGAGAAGAUGUGGAAAGUCACCAAGGUCAACAACACACACUCCCAGGUCACACUGCUGCACAGCCUCCAGAGGGCUAACUACAACCUCCCCCUGCUGGUGACGGACUCCGGCAUGCCCCCACUCUCCAACAGCACCGACAUCAAGGUCCAGGUCUGCACCUGCAAGAAGAGCAAGAUGGACUGCAGCGCUGCCGACUCGACCCGGUCCAGCCUGGUCCUGCUCUGCCUGCUUCUGCUCUCCCUCCUCUUCCUGUACCUGGAAUAAAGAUUGAAGACUAAGGUCUAUGUGAUGAUGUCUGUGCGAAUUGCUGUUGUAUACAGGGUGAUACAUCUGUAUCAAGAAAAAGCAGGAAAAUGUAUUUGUCUGUUGGAAAAUGUAACAUGAUGUUAAUGCAAUUUAUCUAUCUUGGUUUUCCUUAACUUGCAUUUGCAGAGGUGUUAUUUUCGCAGAUAGCUAGCUCAUGCACCUUACAGUGCUGCCUUACAGAGUGGGUAAAACUUUUUUUUCCUUUUAUUUUCCUUUUUUUUAACCAUAUGUUCCUUGGGGCCUAACUUACCGGUUGGCCAUAGACACAAAUUUGUAAACAAACUCAGCUGAACCAACACUUAGCUCACUGCUCAUGUUAGCCAACCUGACUUAUUCAUAGAUUUAAUAUUUUUUAUAGCGUUUUAGCAGAGAGACAGUUUAUUUUAGAAUGACAUUGGUUAGACUAUUUAGAUGGCUACUGUAGUUUGCUGUCGUUUGUUCAGCUUCUGAAGUAACUGAUAGCAUUAGCUAGCUGUAGCAUCAGUCUGGAGAGUCUAAAUACUAACCUCGCUGGGUGGGUUUUUAGAUGUCUAAUAAAAUUCGAUGUAGUGCAUCCUCCAUCCAAAAUCUCAGUCCAACUCGUCUUACAUGCAACCAUUUGUUUGUUGUUUGCUAAGUUUUAUAUCCAAAUGCAAUCAUUCCAAGUAUAUCCUUGGUGGACAUGCAUGCUCAAAAAGUGUGCAUGCGUUACCAAGUUAAGCUCAGACAUCUUAACUUGGAAAAGAAUAGCCAGAGUCUCAAACUCUGGCAUAAUCUAUAACUAAUCUAUAACAUACAAUUCCAACUCGAGUAAUAAUGAGAGACACAACAUGUCCUUUUUGUACUUUAAUAAAUGAUUUUGCCUUUCCUCCGAAAUCAGGCGUAUCACUCGUGCCUCCAAGCUUUUCAACAAUCUUUUCAACUGCAAAUGGAGGAGUGUCACAACAAAAUGAAUUAGCAAAAAAAGUUGAAGGACAAACUUUAAUUGGCUUUCCUCAAGCUACUUUUGAAAGUUUAAAGAAGCAGUUCACCCAAAAAUGCAAUUAAAGUAUGUUUCCACUUACCCUGAGUAGUAUCUGUCCAUGCAGAUAGUUUUGCUGAAAUGUGUUGCGCUUUCUGAAUAUUUGAUGUAGUUCACCCUGGUAAAGUGCACCAUAAGGGUCCUUUGUCCUGUGGCUUUCAAAGUGUCAAUAAUUUACAUUUCAUAUAAAUUAAACCCAUUAAUAUCCCAACCAUGAAUUUAAAAGCUGCUAUGUGCUUCACUAAAGUAAUAAAGUUAGUUACGAACAAGUUUGAGGGUUUUUCUCCUCCUAGUUAUUUACCUCAUAGGCUAUUUGGGGGCUUAGGGCUGAUAUUUCCCAUUUUCCCUUCUGUUUACUAUGUAAAGUGUCUUUGUCAACUUUGAAAACCAUUAUACAAAUAAAAUGUAAUUGAAUUGUGAAGUUGUUGCAUUGACACAUCCCGUCAGCAGCACUCAAGUUUCAUAAUAGUCCGCCUGAGGAGAACUGGCUAUAUCUGAUUAUAUUUAUUAUUUUUAAACUAAUCACUGAAUUGUUAAUCAAGGCAAAUUACUGAAAGCAGGUUGAGACCAAUUAUCGGUUCAAGGGGUUUCCUCCUCAAUAAUCAGCUUAGCAGCUGCCAUUGCGUAUAGCAACUGCAUCAUUUUUUUUCUCAAAAUAGUUUUCCAGCAUGGAAUGGAUGAGUUGUUACUCGCUCCCUUUUUGCACCCCACUGUAUUUGUUAGGAUUAAUUAAUGAUGUACAUAUACACAAACAAAGCUGUACAGAUGUGCCUCUCAGUAAUUACUUACCUGUAGUUAACAACUAUGUUAGUUAAUACCAAUAAAUGUAACUUUAUUGGAAUGUUACACGAAAACCACUUGACAAAAAUGAUGAAAAUUGACCACUUGUUACAUUCUUUUAUUUAAUGUCAAUAUCAAGUUUCAUCAUGUCAAUGUUCAUCACUCGUCUCGUCUCAUUCUUUGUCUUUGUGUCAGUGCUAGACUUCGUUUCUCAUCAGCAUCACAUAUUGCCCUGCUUUCUCCACUUGAGUAAAAGUGAAUCAAGGUCAUUGGCUUCUUUGUAGAAUGCAUACUCAAGUUUUUGCUGAGCCACUCUCAAUGCUCUGAACACAAGGGGCACAUCUGCCAUUCCCCAUCCACCUAUGUGCUCCCUUUGAGAUCAGAAGACCACUUGGCAUUGCCAACAAUGAAAACUUUUAGUGUUAAUCGUUUCUGAUCGACAUAUUGAAGAUGAACUUGGUCAGUGAAAUUGUACUUUUGUUCAUGAAAUUGAUCAGUGAAUUUUGAAGUAAUCUACUCGCACUCUGUCUGUUGCCACCCAGAGCCACUAUAACACAGACGUGUCAUUGUAAUACUAUGUAACUGUCUCUGACAACAUACAGCGGCUUUCUUCCCAGUUGCAACUUGCAUAUAAUCUUACUGGAGAGUUUUUACAUAAUAUUUCACAAUUUUUUCCCAUCAGUUUAACACUGUUACAUAAACAUUAUGGGGGGAGAUAUAUAAAACAAUAGAAUCUUCAUGCAAUGAAUAUAUUAUUUCUGUAUGUUUGCCAUUACUGGGUCAAAAUGAAUUAAAGUCGAUUUUAUCAUACCUUGCAUGGCAAAGGAUGCAUUAAAUAAAUAAGAUUGUGUCUUUUUUAUUUAAUUCCACUCUGUUGUUAAAAACUGC